AUGCGCCCGCCGCGCCGCCGUCCCGGGCACCUCCUCCUCCUCCUCCUGGUCUCGCUGCUGCCCUCGCCGGCCCCGGCCCCGGGCCCCGCCGCCGCCUCCGCCUCCGCCCUGCUCCAGGCUCUGGGGCUGCGCGGUGCGCCACGGGGCGCCCCCACGCCCCGGCCCGUGCCCCCCGUCAUGUGGCGCCUGUUCCGACGCCGGGACCCCCGGGAUGCCAGGGCCGGCCCGCGGCGGACGCCCCCGGGGACCAGCCUGCGCCCGUGCCACGUGGAAGAGCUGGGGGUCGCCGGAAACAUCGUGCGCCACAUCGCCGCCCGCGGUGCGCCUGCCCGCGCUGCGGGCCCCGCCUCGGCCGCCGGCCCGUGCCCCGGGUGGACCGCGCUCUUCGACCUGGCGGCCGUGGAGCCCGCCGAGCGCCCGAGCCGGGCCCGCCUGGAGCUGCGCUUCGCGGCGGCGGAGACCCCCGCGGGCGGCUGGGAGCUGAGCGUGGCGCGCGCGGGGGACGCAACGGGCCCCGGGCCGGUGCUGCUGCGCCAGGCCGUGCCGGCCCUCGACCGGCCGGUGCGCGCCGAGCUGCUGGGCGUCGUCUGGGCCCGCAACGCCUCAGCGCCCCGCAGCCUCCGCCUGGCGCUGGCGCUGCAGCCCCGGGCCCCCGCCGCCUGCGCGCGCCUGGCCGAGGCCUCGCUGCUGCUGGUGACGCUGGACCCGCGCCUCUGCCGGCCCCGGCCGCGGCGCGAGGCGGAGCCCGCGGUGGGCGGCGCUGGCGCGUGUCGCGCGCGGCGGCUCUAUGUGAGCUUCCGCGAGGUGGGCUGGCACCGCUGGGUCAUCGCGCCGCGCGGCUUCCUGGCCAACUACUGCCAGGGCGGCUGCGGGCUGCCCGCCGCGCUGCCCGGGCCCGGGGGGCCGCCCGCGCUCAACCACGCCGUGCUGCGCGCGCUCAUGCACGCGGCCGCGCCCGGCGCCGGCGGCCUGCCGUGCUGCGUGCCCGCGCGCCUCUCGCCCGUCUCCGUGCUCUUCUUCGACAACAGCGACAACGUGGUGCUGCGCCACUACGCGGACAUGGCGGUGGACGCGUGCGGCUGCCGCUGACCCCCACCCCCACCCCCCGCACCCGGCGGAAGCACGGACUGUGUAUUCGUAUUUUAUUGGUGACAAAGAGCUUAAAACAAAUUGACCAAAA